AUGGAUCGUGCAUGUGGGUCUGUGACUCAUCCUCCGUUUCUUGAUGAGAAUACUAACUAUGGGGCUUGGAAAGCUAAGAUGAAAUCUUUUCUGUGGGCUCAAGGUACAAAGGUGUGGACAACUAUUGAGAAUGGUUGGGAACCUCCAACAAAGGAAAUUAAAAGGCGUGGAAAAGAGGUUGAAGGUGAAGGCCAGUCGACAACAAAGGUUGUAAUUAAGCAAAAUACAGAGUGGACUGAUGAAGAAAACAAUAUGAGUGCCUACAAUCAAAAAGGUCUUAACUCCAUCUUCACUGCGGUAUCAGCUGAAAAAUUUGAGUUUAUAUGUCAUUGCAAAACCUCAAAGGAGGCUUGGGAUAUUCUGGAAAUUACUCAUGAAGGAAAUGCCACUGUCAGAGAAUCCAAACUUCAACAACUGAUGACUAAGUUUGAAAAUAUGAAGAUGCUGGAAACUGAAAAAUUUGCUGAAUUUUACGCUAGAUUGAGUGUGGUGGUGAAUGCUUGCAGCAACCUUGGUGAUGCAAUUCCUGAACACAGAAUAGUGAAAAAGAUUUUGAGAUCUUUGCCUAUGAUGUAUCACGCCAAGAAGACAGCGAUUGAAGAGUGUAAGAAUUUGAACACUUAUAAACUUACUGAGUUAAUUGGUUCUCUUACCACUUAUGAGAUGGAAUUUCCAGAAAUAAAGAAAAGCAAGGGCAUUGCUCUAAAUACAGUGAAAGAAGAUGGGAGUGACAGUGUGUCAGAAGACAAAAUGGAUUAUGCUUUGCUUACAAAACAAUUUCGUAAGUUUUUGAAAUCUAAGAAUUCAAGGUUUGGUGAACAAAGAGGAAAUUCAGGUUCAAGUACAAGAGGGAGUCGCCCUCGUGAGUUUACUUCUGACAAGUUAUCACAUACAACCAGAACUAUGGAGAGAAAGGGCUCUAAAGAUUCACUGAAGUGCUUUGAAUGUGGUGGAUAUGGACACUUUGCCUCUGAAUGCGCAAAUAAUUUGAGGAAGCAAAAUAGUGGGAAAAAUAAAGUAAUGGCAGCAACUUGGAGUGAUAGUGAGUCUGAUAAUGAUUCAAAUUCAGAAAAUGAAGAUCAAGUUGUUGCUUUCUCUGGGAGAAUUCAUGCGCAAAAGGAUGAGAACUCUGAUGUUGAAGAACCUGAGAUAGAAGUGGUGAUGAAGCAAUUCAACAGUCUCUAUGAUUCCUCUGAAAAACUGAAGAAGAAAAAUGCAGAGCUUGCUGAUCAAGUGGCUUUUCUACAAGACGAACUAACCAAGACUGAAGCUGCCUUUCAAUCCCAGCUGAAAAACAGAAGAAAAUCUGCGUGGGUCUUUGCUUGA